GAAUUUUUCAAACAGCAAGUCAAGUCAAACAAACGUCAAAACACUCAAAGCAUUGUAGACAAAAUAUUUUUAAAAUUCCGUAUUCAUAUAUAUGAAAAUUCCCCGUAAUCAUAUUAAAAUACCAGGUGUGUAAACAUAAAAGAGAUGGCUUGGAGAUCCCAUGGCAAAACUAAUGCAGAACUAGUAAGAAACUUGAAACAAAAUGGUAUUAUUCAUAGCAACAUAGUAGAAUAUGCUAUGCUGGCAGUCAACAGAGGCAACUACUCAAAAAACAACCCUUACAUGGACUCACCCCAAGAUAUCGGAUUUGGGGUGACCAUCAGUGCCCCGCAUAUGCAUGCACAUGCAUUGGAACUUCUGAAAGACAAGCUAGAGACUGGUACAAGAGCCUUAGAUGUUGGAUCAGGAAGUGGAUAUCUCACUGCAUGUAUGGCAGUCAUUUUGGGAGAAAAGGGGAUAGCUGUUGGAGUUGAUCAUAUUCCAGAUCUAGUAGAAUUGUCAAAACAGAAUAUCCUCAAAGAUAUCCCUGAAUUGCUGGAAAGUGGGAGAGUGAAUCUCUUCACUGGGGAUGGUAGGCAAGGUUACAGUGAUUUAGGGCCUUAUGAUGCUAUUCAUGUUGGUGCAGCAGCUCCCACAUUACCUCAAGCUUUGAUUGAUCAACUGAAAGUUGGAGGUAGGCUCAUAGUUCCAGUAGGACCAGCUGGUGGGGACCAACAACUUGAACAGAUUGACAAACUGACAGAUGGAAGUAUUUCAAGAAAGACUCUCAUGGGGGUUGUUUAUGUACCUUUGACUGAUAAGGAGAGGCAAUGGCCUAGACUACGUUGACAAGGCAUAGGAAUUUUAAUUUUUUCCAUUUUCUUUUUUGUUUGUCUCUUCAACUAUGUUAUGUUCUGGUGAUAUUAAAAUAAGUAGAUAUUGACUGAUGUUUGAGAGUUUAUAGUUGAAUAGGUAUACCUUCCACUUGGGGAACUGUCAAUUUUAUUUUCAUUCAAGAAUUCCAUGUUCAUUGUAUACUCAAUUUUUAGAAUACCCUAACAGGAUCCUGAAAAUGGAGUUUGUAAUAAAAACAAGAAUGACAAUUAGUUUUGUGAAUACUGGAGUGAAUAAGAGUUUGAAUUUUCUUUUUCAGUACAUUGUUUAUUCAAUCCUAGGUUUGAAGACAUUUUUUAACCUCUUUCCUUUUUUGAUGAAUUAUAAAUAAUUUCAUUUCAUGUUAUGAAUAAAUACUAAUUUUUGUGAUUGCUUA